GUGAUUAAUAACGACACCAGGUUUUUCCUCGAUAAUUUCCACUUUAACCGAUCUGGGUAUAAAAUGAACUCCUCACCAGCUCGAAUAACAUAUUGAAAAACUGCUCAAAAAUGUUCACAUUUCUACUCAUCUUACUCUUUGUGGCCGUCGUGAAUGGCGUGGAUAUAAAAAUCUACGCCGACGCUUACUUCCAGGGAGAGUACAGUAACACUCGGUGCAACUACAAGUGCGAAGGUUGGGGAAGAUACUGGGACAGGAAGAUUUCCUCCAUUGACACGAAAGGGGGAUGCAUCCGUGUUUUCGACGAUAGCAGCUGCAACGGGGACAGCACCUACAUCUACCCCGGCACCCCUUCGCACGACAACCUCGAAGAAAUCGGAUGGAAUGACAGAAUCAUGGCAUGCACGUCGUGUAAUUAGGACACAACAACAACUGCGAUAAUAAAUAUUUCAUCGGAAAUAAUAAACUUGCACAAUGUAAAUUAAUUGAUUGCCAUAAAAUUAAUUGAACCGGAAGAAAAAUGGCCGUAAUUAAGGCCGCACUAAUUAAAAAGAAAUUAUUUUUUUUGUUUGGCC